UAUAAAAUUACAUAAAAAAUAACAACAAUGAAAUCAAAAAUUGUAAUAAAUGAAAUUCAAUCCAAAUGUCGUAUUUGUUUAUGUGAAAAUGUUGAUAUUAUUGAUAUUUAUUCCAUUGAUGAAAACUGUGGUAAAAUUAGUUCAGCUGUUAUGGAAUGUUCAUCCGUACAUAUUGAGCCCGAUGAUGAAUUACCCACCAUUAUAUGUAAAAUUUGUUUAGUAAAAUUACGUGAAGCAUAUAAAUUUCGACAAUUAUGUCGUUUGUCCGAUCAAACAUUACGUCAAUAUAUUAAUUACAUUCUAAAUCAAACGACUACAGAAGUAUUAAUUAAUAAUAUUUUAAUAACAAAUAAUAUCAAUAAUUAUCAUACUGCACCAUCGAAUGUCGCUCAAUUGAUCUGUGAAACAAUACCAGUAAUAAUAAAACCAACCAAUGCGAAUAUUUUAAUAAAUACCGCACAAAAUGAUGGAUCUACUACGCAACAAUUACAAAAUAAUGGAUCUACUAUGCAACAAUUACAAAAUGGUGGUUCUGUUGUGCAACAAUUACCAAAUGGUGGAUGUACUACGCAAAAAUUACAAAAUGGUGGAUCUACGAUACAACAAUUACAAAAUGGUGGAUCUACUAUGCAACAAUUACAAAAUGGUGGAAUCCCAACCAUUUUAACCCAAACAAUAAAUGACAACUGUGAUCUAAUGAAAAUGCCUAUAAUGAUUAAAGUAGAAAAAACGAAAACUAACAACGAAUUUACAUCAUCAUCCAUGCAACAAGUUAAUAAAGUUGAAAGUGUGAGCUUGAGCCCUUUAACACUUGAGCAAGUCGAGCAAGCUAAUUUGGUCGAUCAAAUUUUAUCGUUAGAAGAAAACAGCUCGAGAACAACGAAAUUUGCAUGUAAAUAUUGCAAUAAAAUUUAUGAAACAAAUCAACAACUCACACGACAUGAAAAAACCACACACGGUGAGCGUAAAUUCAUCUGCAACAUUUGUGAACAAAAAUUUACAGAAAAAUCUGUGUUAAAAUCACAUAUGAUGGCAAAACACACACGCGAACGCCCCUUUAAAUGUCAAUAUUGUAUUAAAAGUUAUGUAUCUGGAUCACAUUUACGUACACACAUGCGGGUGCAUACGGGUGAGCUACCCUAUAAGUGUGAAACAUGUGAAAAAUGUUUUGCAUCCGUUAAUGUUUACAAAAAGCAUAUUAAAACACAUUCAAGCUUGCGUCCACAUCAUUGUACAAAAUGUCCAUUGACAUUUACACGUUUAGAGCUUUUACGAUGUCAUGUGACACGUGUACAUGAUGAAGAUGAUGAUGGCGACACAGCAUCGGAUACAUUUCAAAAAGAUGCAACUGAUUUUGAAGAGUGUAAAAUUUGUAAGAAGAAAUUUCAACGUAAAGAAUUAUUAAAACGUCAUAGUCGAACACACGCCAAUGAUAAAAAACAUAAAUGUAUAGAAUGUUUAAAAAGUUUUACAUGACGAUGGGACUUAAAACGUCAUUUAAUUAAGCAUAAACGACUACAAAUAGUGCUUGGCCCGCAAAAUA